CAGUUCUGUACUGGCCUGGCCUGCGGGUGGUUGGAUUUCUUUCGACUCAUGUCUGCAGACAUUAGUGGAUUUUUUUUUUUAUAAUUUUAAGUGCAAAAACUAUUACAUACCACUAACAAUCGCGAUCAUUUUGAAAAGUGUACAGUUCUCUGAACAAGUGAUAGUUUUUAAGUACAUAGGUUGAUUCAAGACUAAACAGAUAGCUAUGUCGGAUUGCCUAACGUGCAACAAGUCCACCCUGGACGGUGGUCUAGUGGUCGUGAUAGGUACCAAUACGGAGGUCCAGCAUGCACUGUGCAAGCACUUUUGGUUCGGCGAUGAUCAAUAUCUCCAGGGUGUGCUUUGCUUUCCAUGUUGGCACAAGAUUCAAACUUUCCAUCGAUUCUAUUGCGAAGUGAGAAAGCUUCAUGCUCGCCCUCUGUGCUAUCAAGCGUCGAUAGGAUUGAAACAGGAAAGCCAUCCGGUUGAAUUCGUGUUUGAGGUUCCCGCUGAACAGGCAGGCGACAGCACAGUGGACAAUUUUGUACUUGAAGUUCCCGCGGAACAAGUAGGCGAUAACACAGUGGUUGAAAACGACGAGAUAUAUUCGAUGAAAUAUAAAAAUCCUCAAGUUGAUGUUAUCCCGGAUCCUUCGGAGCAGCCAAACGAAUAUAUAGAUGGUAGACAUGUGGAUGAAAAGGAGGCCGAUGAGCCACGACCUUCAAAAAAGAGGGGCAAAAAGCGUCCAAGAUUGCGUAAAAAUGAAAAGGAUGCGGUUCAGGAGUACGUGUCCCGUAACCUGACCUUGAACUGCGAUACCUGUUCGGAACAGAGCGAAACAUUCGAACUUUUACAGAGGCAUUCAAUGAUGGAACAUGCGAAGCACGCGACCAUGGUGUGCUGCAAUGCCAAGUUCUCCGAUGUCAGUCGAUUCGUCGAUCACAUCCAAUAUCACCUGGAUCCGGAUCUGUUCCGAUGCGACUAUUGCUUCCAGCAAUGCAUCAGUCGGUAUGCGCUUAAUAAGCACAUUCGAACGGAUCAUAUCACGAACAGAGAUAGUCCCAUGAGUGCGUCCGAGGAAAUCGAGCUCAGCGUAAUGAGGACGGAAGAUGUGGACGAAGGACCAAGUGGUAUGCUGAAAAGUGAUGCUUCAGAAAAUAUGAGCACGUCCGAGGAUGAAACUGAUGAAGACGAAGAAGACGAACACGACGAUGAAAGCGAGUCAAAAAUCAGUAAACAUUUGAAACUUACGCCGGAGGAAAAAGCCCAAGUCCAGAUAUUUGUGAAGAAGAACCGAAAACUGGAUUGCGACAUGUGCUCGGAGCGAUUCACGCGAUUCAGCGACUUGCAGAACCACUCCAUAGAUAAACACAAUGAGCGCGAAACGGGACUAUGUUGCAACCGCAAGUUCCGGGACUACACACUAUUCGUUGCUCACAUACUACUCCAUCUAAAUCCGGAGCGGUUCAAGUGUACAAAAUGUCCUAGAAUAAGCCCCAGCUGGAUAGCGCUGUUAAGACACAAGCAAAGGACGCAUUCGCCAGGGGGCAGAGGGGACAAAAGAAAGUAUCCCUGUCACAUAUGUGAACGAACAUUCAACUCGAAACAGGCUGCUAUGCAACACGUUGAACGCCACACAGAACAAACUACACAGGAGGACGACGCCAUUGACAAGAUAAUCGCUGAAUAUUACAAGCUCAAAUGUGAUACGUGCCAGAAACAGUUUGGUUCGUUCCAAGCCUUACAUAAGCACACGACGACCGAGCAUCGGAAACGGGCGCUAGUGUGCUGCUGUAAGAAAAAAAUGCGCAAACGUUCGGAACUCUUCGAUCACUACCAUUAUCAUCAGGAUCCGAACAGGUUCAAGUGCAAAGUGUGCAACAAAACGUGGCACCACUCGGCAGCGUUGGGACACCACAUGAAGUAUAAACACCAUGCCGAGUGGAAGAAAAUGAACAGUGCGAAGGGAUCCUCCUGAGCACAAGUUGUAAGCAGGAGUAAGAAUGUUGAGCAAGACGAAGUUUUCGGGAGACGAAGGUACUAAAUGUGGAUCAAACUCAAGAAAAAUAUAAAAGGUUUUUGUUAGAAACUUUCA